CCUUCCCCCCAGCUUUGGCUAGAAAGAGCCCCUCGUCAUUCCCUCCCCCUCCUGCUCUCUCCCCAUCCCGGCCUCCUGGGGUUUUUCUCACAAAUGGUGCCUAACCUUUCCCUCCUGUGUUUGCCUUUGUCACUGGAGCUGACAAAUGUCCUUCAGCCCCCCAUGGACCCACUGUUGAUUCAACUGGGACCCAUUUCACAGCUCAGGCUGCCCCCUUCCCCCCCAGGCAGGCUCCUGCGAGGACUAUAAAGGCCAUCCAGGAGGCAAAAGGGGUCAGAGAGGAUCCCUCAAAGAAAGGUGCACAGCCAUGGAAGCUGCUACCCAGAGGUGCCCAGAGCAGCCUGUGGAGAUGGAGAAUCACAUCCAAGGCUCCAGGCCUGGAGGGGGAAUAAGACUCCUGGCGCUGUGGAGGCCAUGGCUGCCCACCCUGCAGGAGGCCACCAGGGAGGUCAAGCGACUCGCCAGCCCUGGCUGUGGGACCAGCAAGGAGCUCCAGGACUUCCGGCACCCGGUCAGACUCUGCUGGCCCAAAUCCAGGUCCUUUGACUACCUCUACGCAGAGGGAGAGAAGCUGCUGGAGAACUUUCCAGUGCAAGCAACCAUCAACCUCUACGAGGACUCUGAGGAAGACGAGGAGGAGGAGGAGGAGGAGGAGGGAGCGGCUCCUUUGCCUGAGGCAGGCGCUGGCCUUCCCUGGAGAGGCCAGCUCCCCUCACAGACUCUGCCUAGGGGCCUCCUCCCCCCCACCCACUGACCUGAGCUGUGCUCAGAGCAUCUCCCUUCACCUGCCCUAGGCUGGCACCUGAUGCCCCGAGGAGGAGCUGGCAUGCUGGGGGAGGGUGUUAGGCCUGGCACAAAGGCCCUGCGCCAGGGCGGCACUCUGGCUGGGUGUGAUGUGGGCGCGGGGGUGUCCUGGUGUUGGGACCCCAGAGCAAGAGAGCAAGACUCUUGGCCAAGAGAACCCCUCCAGAGACUGCAGCCAGCCUGCCUGCUGGGGCCGUUUGCCGCCAGGGCUGGGCGAGGACGACUCACCCCGAUCCCUAAGGGGUCCAGCCUGUCAAGGCCUGUCUCCGCCAUUCUGCAUCAUGAGGACGGGGCUGGGAUAAGGACGCAGUUUCCCCGGGCUGACAGCGAAGGGUUCUGCAGGCUUAUUGUUUUGGUGUGUGCAUUUGGGUGGACACCAGUCAACAGCAACCCCCAUCCAGGCCCUAGCCCUGAGAGUGAACUUUUCUAAGCACACGAGAGAGCCCUCUGCUAGUGAAGGGGUGACUGCCCGCCCGCCCCUAUUUUCCGCAGGGUCAGAAUACCUUGGCGUUCUCGUGUCAAAAAUGCUACAAUGGCGCCCUCGGGUGGCUGAAGUCAGCAUGUCGCCUCUUCACUAAAAACCCUGUUACGGGUGGGCUGGCGCGGCCCCUUCAUCUCUUGCCUGGCAUAGAAACCUCCCCUCCCCCAGUUGCCCGGGCCUAUAACAGCCAGCUCCGUCCGCGUGGAAAUCAACUAAGGGGCCCUUGGCAAGCCACAUCUCCAACCCCCUUUUCGCCUUUAGCUUACGCACGAGGCGCAAGGGGACGGGGCAGACGGGCUUUGGGGGUCUGUGCCUGACGUGCGCCUCCUGCUCGGAGCGCCCCGUCCCCUAGCCAUGUUCAGCCGGGCAAAGCGUGCGACCUGGAAUCCGGGGCGGGAAACCAGCGCCCUACGGCCGCUCUGGCCUCCCAGCAGCCGUUCCUCACAGUCCACAGCACUCCCUCGACAGGCUAUGUUCUGGGGUUAUCUGGAGCAGCGGACCAGCCUCGCCAGCGGCGCUUCCCGGCCUCGGGCAGCGGGAAGCCUGUCCAGCCACCCAAGAGCCCUUGCAGCAGAAGAGGCCGGGAGGGAACCCUGGCCGGGCCUCCUGGAGGAAGAGCCGCUCUGGGCGCAGAGGGUGGGCGCGCCUCCUCGCCACUCAGGGCAGAUCUGCUGCGAAUCCACGCCCCCGCCCCCGCCCCGACGGCAGUCGAGCUGCGGCACCAGGAGCCCCUUGCGGGUGUAUCUCUGGGGGGGAGGGGUGUUUUCCGGAACUGUUCAAAAGCGGCCCGAUAGCCAGGAAUAAAGCCAGCGUAUUUGCA